AUCACCGCGCGCGCGCCCGCCGCCGCCGCCGCCACCGGCCGGAACCGGGGCGCCGCCGCCCUCCGCACAUGCGCGUUGCGGCGCUCGCCCGUAGGCCCGGGCCUUCCAUCAGCCCGGGCCCGGGGCGCCUGGCCUCGGCGGCCGCGGACCGGCGGGGGGCCAUGGGCGGGACGAUCAACUCUUGUGUAGAGUGUUGUGAGUCUAUGAAGCACCUUAGCAGUUUCUUUCACUCUUCCUAGAAGGCCAGGUGUCCCAGGAAAGCUUCACUUUGCUGUGACAAGGAUUAAGUGGCUUCCAGACACGGCAGCAGAUCCCCAACCUCCUGCUGAGUGGAUGGCAGCACCAUUGAAAAUGUCCUGGAAAUUCAGCCAAGAGUUCCCAGGCUGUCGGCUCUUUUCCGUGUCAAUGGCUAGUGUUUGAUAUGUGCCCUGUGCCUCCUGCCCUGGGACUGGGUGCCGGGUGGGGUGCCUGAUGCCUGUGAUCCCCAUUCCCCGGCGGGUCCGCUCGUUCCACGGCCCCCACACCACCUGCCUCCAUUCCGCCUGCGGGCCCGUCCGGACCACCCACCUGGUGCGCACCAAGUACAACAACUUCGACAUCUAUCUCAAAUCCCGAUGGAUGUAUGGAUUCAUCCGUUUCCUGCUGUACUUCAGCUGCAGCCUCUUUACCUCCAUCCUCUGGGUGGCACUCUCUCUCUUGUUUUGCCUUCAGUACCUUGGCAUCCGGAUCUUUCUGCGUUUCCAGUACAAACUCUCCAUCAUCCUCCUCUUGCUGGGGCGAAGGCGGGUGGACUUCAGCCUCGUGAAUGAACUGCUCAUCUAUGGGAUUCAUGUCACCAUGCUGCUAGUGGGGGGGCUGGGAUGGUGUUUCAUGGUAUUUGUGGAUAUGUAAAUAAAAGAAGCGCAUGUGGGCCCAGAGGGUGACUUUUCUUCUACCCCAAAA